UUGUUUAUACUGUAGUGUACUCUAUAUUGUAAUAAACAGAAUGAAGGAAAUCGGCUCUAAUGCACAUUAUUUAGGUAUUCAUACUGGUCAGAGAGCCUGUUGUAAGUCAGAGUCAUAAGUAAACGAGUACAUCACUAAGUGAGGAGAGGCUGCAUAUGGUAUUAAAAAACCUAUCACUUACAGGAAAGAGAUUUAUAAAUAUUCUAAAAAUGUUCAUGUUACAGGGAGGGGAACUCUCUCUGAUAUUAAACACGCCUACUGCUGUCCGCCCCAAAGUUUUAAGACAAAACAGCAGCAACUUCAACAUGGUUCUGCAGGAGUAUCAUGUUGGUCAUCAUGGUCAUUCUCAUCAUGGACACUCUCAUGUUACAGGUCGUAAGGAUUCUCUGCGGGCCAUGAUAUUAGUAGGUGAUGCUUUACAUACAUUUUUGGAUGGAAUGGCCAUUGGAGCAGCUUUUGGAACCAGUGUUACUGGUGGAGUAGCAACUUCAAUUGCUGUCCUAUGUCAUGAGCUUCCACAUAAAGUUGGGGAUUUUGCCUUGCUGUUUGAAAUGGGUAUGGACCAGAUGAGAGCUGUCAAGAUGAUGGUAAUGCUAUGGUUCUUUAGUUUGUGUGGAGUUGUCAUGGGAGUUCUCUUAGGCUCCAUUCCUACUGCUUCUCCUUGGAUUUACUCCUUCACUGCCGGAGUCUUCAUCUACUUAGCCUUAGUGGAUCUGUUGCCAGAGCUCUCAGUGAAUCGAGGUGAGGAAUUUGGAGUUGCUGGCCAAAUGUUCCUUCAAGGCCUUGGGAUGCUGGUAGGUGCCACUAUCAUGCUCAUCAUUGCCAUCUAUGAACAUGACUUGGAAGAUCUUCUCAAGAGCUCAUUCUAAUCAUGAAUUUCUUCAAGUGCAGUAAUAAUGUGAUUGUGUGUGUUUAUCUGGCAUAUUGUGAGGCCCCUGUGUGUGACAACUUAAUACCUGUUUACAGUAAUGAUUGAAGCGAUUAGUGAAGUCAUCGUGUUAAAGAUUUAUUAUUUUACUUGGAACUUGUUAAGAAAUGUGAUGAUUUGCAUAUCACAGUGAUUUAAGAUAUACCACAGGGUAAGAUUUGCCGGCAUGUAAAUUUUGACCUUCUACCCUCUAUACUUUACAAUAAUGAACUAUUUCCAUUUUGGAAAGUCUAAGGAAACACAAGGAGCAGGAAAAAGAGGAAACUCCAGUGGCACACACUAACAACCAACAUUCCAGCAAAUUAAUCCUUAAAGAGAAUUGAUCUCAGUAAAACUUUUCAGUACCCAAGAUAUAUCAGUGCAAACUCUUUUAUUUUUUAACUCUUGAAGGUAUACUCAACUUUUUCACCACAUUUAGCAAUGUGAAUGAAAUACCGACAUUAAUUCAGUAUAGCUACUUAUUUGUAAUACUGUGCAAUACCUCUAGAAAAAUAUAUGGUUUAAAUAUUUCAUCAAGACAAAAUUGAUAUGAAUCUGAACCAAGAUAGUGACCUAAAACACUUGGAAUUCUCUCUGCAAAAGACAAGUGUCCCCAAUUGUGUCAGAAUACAAUUAUACAGCGGAUGUCCCUUCACAUUGUACAAUAUGUACUUUGAAAAAUGUUUGUUUUCAGAAUCGAUGAUAUUUAGUAGCAGCUCCUUAAGUGAUAAACAAUAAAUGUUUUUGUUUAUUGAAAAAUAACAUUGUAGGUGGAAAGGAAUGCACGCUAAAAUUUAAUCUUGGAGAUUAUAUACUAAUCUAGCGAGGAAAGAACCAAUCACCAAAGAAAGUUAGCUUACAAUACAAACAAUUACUAAAUGAAAUGUGUUAUAUUUUAUGGUAAGUGUUCAGUUUAGUGUCAUCCUGUGUAAUUUUAUUAAGCAAAUAACACUAGAGCUUUGACGCAUUGUAACUUUAUGCUGUUUAAGAUUGUCUCGAAGGUCUAGGUUAAUAAAAAAAAAAAAGAAAAAGCUCAAAUUGCAUCUUGCAGCUUGUACAUAUAUACAGUACUAGAAUAACAUUCAUAUAUAUUAUCAGUAGUGAAACAAGCCACUGUCAUUUAUGAUCUUUUCUACUAAGUUGGUAGCUUUUUUUAGUGUUUGAGAAAUACUUCCACACACUGACAUAAUUGAGAAGUCAAGAGUUUCUUUUAACACAUAGCCUUUUUGUUUUGGUCUUCAGAUUAUAUUUUCACUAAGAGUAACUCGCCAAAUUCACACUUCAUUUUACUAAUGAGCAUUUAAGAAUUGGUUUAUUUAUCAAAGUUUUUCCACUUAUUUAUUUUUUUUAGCAAAUUAAAAAGGCAGUGUGAUUUUAUUGGUGCUAAUUUUAUACUGUACUUAAUUGUUGAAAGGAAAAUAAUGUUUAAAUGGAAGCCUGUUCAGAAAAAAAUUGAAAAUAUUUUUCAUGCCAAAAAUAGGCAAAGGGAUAAAGUAUAUAAUUUAAAACUAUUAAGUAUACUCUAGGUGAUAUUUAAAAAAUUAUUGUUGCAUAGGAAGAUUUUAUGUCAUUUACAUUAACAAAAUAUUUAAAGCAUAAUAAUUUUGAAAGUUGAAAUACUGUACUGUUCACUUGUAAGAAAUUAUUAUUUUGUAGUUAAUUUUUUUUUCAUCUAAGAACAGUACAAUCUUUCUUAUGUUCAACUGGUAUUCCUAUGUGGGAUACAUUUGACUGUGUAGUCAGAUGGUCCUAAAGACUGGCAACAUAAUCAUUUGUACCCACAAUAAUAUAUUGGUACACCUUGCUGUCAUAGAAAUAAGUGAAAUACUGAACGCAAUACAAGUCACACGUAUAAUUAAUUACACGUCAGAAUACUUGCAUGCAAAACAUGUUCGGGUAUUUAGUAUUACUGGGAAAAAUAAACUAAUAAUCAGAAUAUAUAUUGUUUUGUCCAGGGAGAGCAUAUGUAUUAGAUGUUCAUCAGUUUUUGUGAUUUAAUAGGAAAAUUGCAUUUGGUAAAUGUAUAUAUUGUAGUAUUUUUUUUUGCCUGCGUUGAAUUUCAGCUUGCAUGCAUUUCCCCAUUUUCUUUCUUCUAAUGUUAUUUAUGUAUGCUUCUUAAAGAUCAUCAUCUUUCUUACAUCUUUCUCCCUGCACUGGAAUCCUGUAGAUAUCCUAAGAUUCACCUUACAAGGGGCUUAUGCUUCAAGGAAUUGAAGCUACCCCUUCCCUACCACAGAUCAAACUUGAUUUCCUUCCAUUCCCCUGACACUUUGUGAUCCCUAUAAGCUUAGAGGUUGUUUAUUAAUACACAAAAUGCAGAGCUGGUAAUUGGUUAUACUGAUGAGAGAUGUAUAUCAAGAAGGUAGACUACUUGCCCAACUUUAUAGACUGCCUGUAGGUGGAUCUGAGAUUCCCUUCCAAUCCUUGGUCAUCUUAUUGAAAGAUGAGAUGGAUGCAACAUCUAUGCUAUUGCUUAACGAUAUAAUACUAAUAAUGCAGUGCUAAUCCCUCUUCUUAAAAUGGGGAUUAGUGAUGGGAUUUUGAUGAACAAGUGUAGGCUAUCAUUACAAUUAAUAUAGAGAUUGUAAUUCUUCUGGAUUAAUUUUUGAAAAGUUAUGUGGCAAGCAUUUGUCAUGCUAAUUAUCAUAGUAAAAAAGUAUUGAUUAGUAAUUGAAUGAAAUUGCUUGUGUUCAUAUAAUGUGUUCCCUAUAUUGUAUAAUAUUUAGAGGAUUAGUAUAGAUAGUGUUGUAUAUACGUAAAUCUUUUACCAAGUUAUUUGAUUACAGACCAUCACUGACUUAGUCAAGAAAUUUUUGCUGUGGUGCCUACAUUUGAAUGCAGGAAGCUAAAACUAACAGACUGGGGCAUCUACCAGCAGCCUGGUCUGAGACCAGACCAGCCUGGUCUAAGACCAGGCUGCUGGGAUAAUAGUCCCAGGAUCAUUUACAAGUAGUCUACAGGUGGUGGAUACAAAAGUUCCCUGGAUCCUUCAGAAUUCAGUAAACUAUCGAUAUAGUGGACUUUGGAAAUGUGGAACAAAACCUGCCAAGUCAAACGAAUCAGAAGCAAUGGACAAAGUUCAUAAGUUGCAGAAUUACUGUACUUAUUGUUAUUGUUAUGAUCACUGCAAAAUAAACUCAUUUUUAUCAGCUCCACUUGUCAUUACCAGCUACCCACGCCUUGCUAUUAUUACAUUAAAUCAAGGGCUUACUAAGGUUACAAUUUUUGAUCAUAGCAAUAUACUGUUAUUAUAUUAAUAUCAAAUAAUAACAGCUUCAUGGUGUGUACCUAAUUUUUUCUUCUCAUACUAAUAUUGAUAAUUUGUAGAAUAUUUCCUAGGUUUAAUACAAGUUUUGUGGUCCAGUAUGAUAGACGGCUUCUAAACGUGUUUGAAGCCACAAGAAGUAUUUUUGAUGAGCAGUAUGAAGUUUAUUUAUACUGUGCGUUGAAUAAUUUUAUUUUAGGAGAGAUAUCUGUAAUGUCUAAGGAAAACAAACUUGCUGUAGUUUAUUUACCAAUAUCCAUAAAGUCUUUCAUUGCAGUACAUAAUGAAUCUCAUUUAAAACUUCCUUCACAAUCUGACAUCAGUUUACACGUUCUCUAACUCCUCUCCUUUACCUUUGUGUGUACACUACAUGCUGUUUCUAAUCUUUAAGCAUCACAGUUUCCCAACUUUAUCUUUUAUUCAUAAUUAUUGUGUCUUUUUCUUCAUUUUCUAUAUCAUUUAUUUUUGUUACUGUCUUCCUCAUCAUUUCACUUUCUGGUUGUAAGAGGUUUGUAUCUCAGUGUAUAUACAGAGAAUUUACUUGAAUACCCUAGUGUAGGGAUUAAGGUAUUCUUGAUUGGUAGAGUACAUGGAAAAUGCAGCCUUGAUGAUCCUCAUGUAAUCAGUAGGCUGUAAAUCAUAAAUCAUCUGGCUGUUUGCACUUUUUUUUUCUAUAAUUUAAAUUAAAGAAAGUAGUCAAAAAUAUUUCAAGUUUUCUGUAUUUGUUAAUGCUGGAUAAGCAGUCUACAAAAUGGAUGGCAUCUCAUUUUUUAGUUUAUGUAAAUUUAAAAAAAAUGUAUUUAUAAUAAAUAGAUGUAGGUGUUAGAUUUUCAAAUACCCAAACAGUAUUAUUUUACCCCGAUUUCAACUUUGUGGAAAAAAAAAUUAGGAGAUGCUUUAGGAGAAACAAAGUACAGACCUGUUUGAAAACCUAGUUUUGUCAGUUUUAAUUAGCACUUUAUCUUUGUCGACUUUGUGCAGAAACUUGGAGGUACUGUGUACUAAAGUAUAAUAAGUUUGAUACCUGGUUAUAUCACUUAUGAUAGGAUGCUGGUACUCGAAAACAUUUUUCUAGCACUUUUUUCAACAUCAUACUAGCAUAUUAUUUAAAACAAAUUAAAUACCAAAGGAAGGUUUUUGUGCAGCUUAAAUUGUCAGCAUUAUAUAUACCUCUUCGUUUAGAAUACAAGUCAACACAUAGAAAAUCACAAACUUGUGAAUUGGAAAUGAAACUAAACAAUGGUGCAGACCAUCAUGGACUGAAACAUUGACUGAUUUCCAUUACUGAAUUGUCUGCCUCUUGUGAUUACCUCUGUGUGCUUACUUAGUUAAUUAUUUAUAUAUUUAUAGGAAGGUGAAGCACUGUUGUAUAACAGAUCAUUGUAUGCUAGCUAUAUCAUGUGGUCUUAAUUAGUGUGUGUUUGUUAGUGGUUAUUAUCAUAUCUAUUUACAUUUUUUCAGCAAUAAUAUCUUCAAAAGAAAUCUUAACUCUUCAUCUAUUAUUGAGUGUAUUUCCAUACCAAACACAUUUGUGCUUAUCUCAACCAUGCACGUCACAUUAAUAUUUUGAUAUAUAUAUAUUUGACUUUUAUAUGGACACUUGUUCCAGUCAGUAUCUCAUUAUUUUAAUUGUAAAUUCUAGCUCUUAGUCCCACCUCUUUUUUG